AUGUCUGUAAGUAAGGUAGCUAUCGUAACUGGAGCAAAUAAAGGAUUAGGUUAUGCUCUGGUCAAAGAAUUGUGCAAAAAUUAUAAUGGCAUUGUCUAUUUAACAUCACGAGACAAAGAAAGGGGUAGACGUGCCUGUGAACGUCUAAAUCAGUUGGAUUUACAUCCAGAAUAUCAUCAACUUGAUAUUGUAAACAAUCUAAAUAUUACAAAAUUCUGUUCUUUCAUCAAAAAUAAAGAUCAAAGAGUGGAUAUUUUAAUAAACAAUGCAGGAAUACUUUUCCUUAAGGACGCAAAAGAACCUAGAGAUUUUCAAGCCGAGCAGACAAUACUCGUCAACUUUACUGCAUUGGUGAGUUUUACUGAAGCAAUGUUACCCUAUAUCGCUAACGGCGGAAAAAUAGUGAACAUAUCGAGUUCUUCGGGACAUUUAUCGCGAAUACCAUCGGAAAAGUUAAGAACGAAAAUCAGUUCGCCAAAUUUAACACUGAACGAAUUAAAAGAACUAAUGAAUGAUUACGUUGAAGCUGUGAAACAAGGCAAGGAUAUUGAAGAGGGAUGGGGCGAUUCUCCAUACGUUGUGUCGAAAAAUGCUGUAAACGCGUACACAUUUAUGUUGCAACGAAGACUAGCAGAUAGAAAAAUCACUGUAAACUGCGUGCAUCCCGGCUAUGUAAUAACGGACAUGACGCGCGGUAGCGGCUCCGUGACACCGGAACAGGCCGCGAAAGUGGUGGUAAAGCUGGCUUUGGAGCCCGAAGGCGGAGGCCUAUAUGUGUGGCAUAACGGCGCUGUUGUGCCUUGGGACGGACCCGAUCCUAGAGGCUUUAUUGAUAAUAUAUAA